UACGUCACUUCCGCCAUCCACUCUCGGCGAGCAAGAUGGCGGAAGAUCCCGAAGCUCUGCUGCAGCUUCCUCCUUCAGCCGCCGCGGCCGGCGGCGAGAGCCUUUCGGAGCUCUCCCCGGAAACUGCCACCCCAGAGCCCCCGUCUUCGGCCACAGUCUCCCCGGGGACGGAGGAGCCUCCCGGUGACACCAAGAAAAAAAUUGACAUCCUGCUGAAGGCUGUAGGAGAUACCCCUAUAAUGAAAACAAAGAAAUGGGCUGUGGAGCGAACCCGAACCAUCCAAGGACUCAUUGACUUCAUCAAAAAGUUCCUUAAACUCGUGGCCUCGGAACAGUUGUUUAUUUAUGUGAACCAAUCCUUUGCCCCUUCCCCAGACCAAGAAGUUGGAACUCUAUAUGAGUGUUUUGGCAGUGAUGGUAAACUGGUCCUACAUUACUGCAAAUCACAGGCGUGGGGAUGAGCCACAGAAGAACAGCUAGAUAUCAUCACAGAAGAAAAGGCUCAAGAGGCUUAUGACUAUCAGAUACUCAGCAUGAAUCUGCCAUGAGUUGUGCUUAUGUGUAAGAAGACAUCAUAGAGUAAAUGGACUAAAAACGAGAUUUACAUUACCAUAAAAUCAUGAAAGAUUAGUGUGCCCAUUACCCCUGCCCAUUCCUGUUUCAGAUCUGCCUCCAAGGUUAGAAAGGGGGCUAGAACUCUAUUGUGGGUUCUCAGGAUGACUGACGUUCCUUGUGGAGUUGGCACUGUGUUCUUUCCAUGGUAAAGACUAACUGAAGGGUUUGUGUUUCGAGGUGUUUUUUUAACUUAUUCAGGGAACCUCUGUUUGGAAUAUGGAAUGUUUACAUUUGUCUGUAUUGCUUUGUGAAACCAAGCGCACUGACUUGUCUCAGUGCCUUAAGUUAUCCAGUAGAGGGCAGCCCAGUUGGUAAAAUGAGUUGACAGUUGUGACAUCUUUGCCAGGUGAUUGGAGGAACAACUGUUGAACCUAGUUUCUAGUUAAUGUGUAAUCAGGAAAGCAACUAUGUUGACAGACUGGAAGAAUUGGAGGAUGUGCAUAGUUUAAAAUUAAUCAUGCCGGAAACAGUUGUAUGGAUUGUGAGCAAAUGAGUCCUCAACGCUUUUCAGUCCUGCCAUUUAUGAUGCGUGUGCUUCAGCCUGGGCAUCAUGGUCACAGUUGUAAUUCUAGCGCUCAGGAAGCCUGGGCAGGAGGAUCAGGAGUUCAAAACCAGUCUGGGCUGCGAAGAACUUAUUCCAAACAGACUCUUGACCCCCACCCUGUGUAUUCCUAGUGUCAGCUAUCUGUGUCAGAGCAAUUGACUUAAUAAACCCAGCAACAUUAUCAAGCUUUCGAUUCAUCCCAGCCCUCGUUUGUAAGCUAUGUGUUUUUAGUUUGUUUCUUUGCUGUGCUGGAGAUCAGUGUACACUCGAGGCCAUGGCUCUGCACAGCUGCAUCUCCAGCACUCAUUGAAUGCUUCAUAAUGUGUUUUCCAAAUUGAAAGCGUUCAAAGAUAGUGAUUUAAAAAUAGCCUGUAUAGGCCAGACAGUGGUGGCGCACGCCUUUAAUCCCAGCACUCGGGAGGUAGAGGCAGGCGGAUCUCUGUGAAUUCGAGGCCAAUCUGGUCUACAAGAGCUAGUUCCAGGACAGGCUCCAAGGCUACAGAGAAACCCUGUCUCGAAAAAAGUCUCCAAUUUUAUGUGUCGUUCAUGCCGUCAUGGAAAAGAGUAUUACUGUUACUGGUGUCAUUAGACUGGUCAUGCUUGAGGUAAGAUUUAACUUGUUUUUCUUAUGUACCAUAUUUGUUAUGCUUUCUUUUUGUGGGGAGAAGGGGUGGACUCUGCCUAGCCUGGAACUCACAGAGAUCUGUUUACCUACUCUGUCUCAUGAUGCUGAGAUUUGAGGUAUGGAUACCUUACCCUGCUCCAUACGUGUCUAAGAGUAUUCGAACCAGAACCAGACAUGAUAGUGCACACUUCUCCGGCACUCAGAAAGCUGAGGCAAGAAGAUUGACUGUUUAAGACCAGUGUGGGCUAAAGGGUGAGACUGUCUGAACACAACAUGAAAUUAACCCUUCCCCUCCCCUGACAAAAGCGUUCCAAUAAAUUAAAUGUCUAAACUGAUUACAGGAUUUAAAGUAUAUCAGAAUUCCAAGGGUUUGCUUUCAGAAGUGAUGAUAGAAAUGUAUGUUUUUAUCAAAAACAAAA